UUCGCGUGAACGACCUAAAGUAGCAAACAUACCCCCUGGUUAACCUCCCCGGUUCAAGGUCAACGCAUCUUAAUUCUUCUUGCAAUAUUAUUGUUCAGAUCGAGGAAUCCCCCAAUCUGGUUCUGGAAGUUAAAGGCGGACGUUUGGCGUUGCCUCGGAUCAGUUCAUUACAAGUCGUGUAGCGAUCCGGUUCUGUUUACUCAUCAGGGCUCUGUAAGCAUGGCGCUAAAGGUGGCAUUGUGCUUUUUGUGUGUGUUCUUUGUUCCUGUUCUGGGUGAUGAGGGCUGUUUGAAGCUGGGUGAAAAUUUCAUGUCCAAACUAAGCAUGGAGAUUGCAGUUAUGGAGAAAGGGAUCAUGGAGCUUUCCGCCUUCACAAAGGAUGUUGUGUGGAAUUCGCUGCAAAUGGAGAUGCGGCUGCGUACGAUGAAGAUGGAGAUGGAAACGUUUCGACAGGCUUCAUUGGCGGCUAGUAGAACAGAAACAGUGUCAGAACCAAGCUCGAGCUCGAGCGCUGCAGCCACGGCAACAGCUUCAGCUUCCGCCAUGGCACAAGCAUCAGCUGCUGCUGGCGCACCAUCCAAGGAGCUGUCUUCAAACGCUCCCACAGCCUCAAGCACAUGCAGCCUGCAGCAGAUGCUCCUGGAUCAGUUUAAGGGGAACGUAUUGAUUGAAAUCAAAGCCGCUCCAUCGGCGGAAGAGGCAACGCCGAUGGUUCAGGAAAAAGCUACCAAAAUAGGUGAGCUAACGUCAUGCGCGAAUGCAAACAAAACCGGCAUCUAUCGGUUAAAACUGUCUGCGAACGUGUCGAUGGACGUGCUGUGCGAUGCAGAGUUCGAUAAGGGUGGAUGGGUUGUGAUACAGCAUCGUUUCAAUGGAACAGAAGAAUUCUACCGUAACUGGACCGACUACGAGAACGGAUUUGGAACGUUAGAUGAAGAGUUUUGGUUGGGAAAUGAGAAAAUCUACCAGCUUACUGCUGAAAAGCCUCGUGAAAUCGCUUUCGUAAUGGAGGAUUUCGAAGGCAACAAAGGAAUAGCGCGUUAUGCCUCGUUCAAGCUCGGUGAUAAAACCGAAAAGUAUACGCUGAAAAGCCUUGGAUCGUUCAGUGGAACAGCGGGAGACUCGUUGUCGCGUAAUGUAGGAUCGAAGUUUAGCACGUACGAUAUGGAUAACGAUCGGUCCUCCAGUCACUGUGCGCUCCUGUACGUCGGUGGCUGGUGGUACGACGAUUGCCAUCUGUCGAAUCUGAACGGCAAGUACAUGAAGGGCACUUCCACUGUUUAUGCAAAAUCUAUGUGCUGGAGCUCGUUCAAAGGAUUUUAUUACUCACUUAAAACAUCACGCAUUAUGGUACGGUUCUGAAAGGGAGGUGACGCAAAUCAAUGCUAUGGGUUACUUGAAGCAACAACAACAACGAUAUAUUUCUUUUUCCUCGGUGAAAUAAAUUUGCCUUGAUAUAAGUAUAAAUGAUUGUAUAACUUGCUACAAAACCAUA